AAACAAUGGCAUUCGGUGCAAGUUCGAUAAAUUUAUUUCAUUUUCGACGAAAAUUGUUCUUGUGAUUUUAUUAGUUUCUUUUUUCAGCACUACAACUUUGGACAGUAACAGAAAUGGGGAGACUGUUUCUUAACAUCUUUUUCUGCUUUUUGAUACUUCAUAUUUCAACCCAAGCUAUACAACUAAACGGCAAAAGUUUCUUCGGCACCACAGAGGAGGAAUAUGACGAAAAACUUUCCGAAUUCAUCCGCGAAGUUUUGGAGAACUUCCGUGACCAAAUGCCUGAAGGCAUUCCGGACAUCGGCAUCCCUCCUAUCGACCCCUUAGUCAUCCCCAACAUCGACGAGGACAUCAAUGACAGAUUAGCCCUUCUUUCAUUGAGGAUGAGCAAUCUUACCAUCACUGGCAUCCAGCAGUUUCGACUGGAGCUCUUAAAAGCUGAUUUAGAAAAAGGCUUCGCAAAUUUCAGCCUAUCACUUCCAAAGCUAUCCGCAGAAGGUUAUUGUUACAUGGAUGGAAAAGUUUUGAAGAUAUUUCCAAUUAAUAGCGAUGGUCCAUUUUCAAUCAAUGUUACUGAGGUCAGAAUGAAUGGCUACGGAGACUUAAAUGUAUCAACGAGUGGCGAGACUCGCCUGCAUAUGAAUGAUCUAAAGCUCAAUCUUACAUUCGGACAGUUAAAAAUUGAGUUUAAAAGUCUUUUAGGUGGUGGCAGAUGGACCGAAAUGCUCCUGAAUAUUCUGACUGGAUUCGGUAGAAACCUUUUUUAUAAAUUUCACGAAGAAGCAAUGGAAAAAUUGAACGAUGCUCUGCUGAAACUUAUAAACAAAGAACUCGACAAAGGAACUUUGGCAGAACUGUUAGACCAAAUUCCAAUGUCUGUUCCGAAAAAAAUGAAAACAGAGUUUUUUCUCCAUCGAAUUAAAAAUGUUUGAAAUUUUUACGCAGUUUAAGUGAAUUUAUUAAAAGAGAGCAA